AAAGACGGACUUGGCUAGAUCGACUCGGCUAGUGAUCCUGAUCAAGAAUAUAUAUACUUUACGGGGUCGGAAACGCUGCAUUCUACCUGUUACAUACUUUCCGACGAAUCUAGUAUACCCUUUUACUCUACGAGUAACGGGUAUAAAAAGAUUACAUAUGAUUUUUGUUUACAAACAACAAAAGCGUUUCGAAAUUGCGUAGGUUCAAAGCUCUCUCUUGCCUCUUGGCCAUUAGAAACUUUCGUGCUAAAAAUAAAUUGAGUUAAUGUUCAUCAUGUUUUUAGUGUCAGUGCUCAGCUUGCCUCGUGCUGAUUAUUAUUACUCUUGGGUGUCGACAGAAACUAAAUUUGGACUGGAGUCACUAGCACAAAAAAUAAAAAAUAUAUUUUCUCAAAUAUAAGCGUUUUGAAAUGCGCUGCUCUUUUGAGUUCGACCGCAGCGAUCCCAUAUACUUCAGUGGAGAAACUAUAAGUGGGCGCGCCGUUCUCACGACCAAGUCAGAACUAUCCGUGAAUGAGAUUUUCCUACUCUUCGUGGGUGAGGGCAAAGUGCGCUUUCAAGAUGUUAGAGAACUUUCCUUGACGGGACACGAGGUAUUCCGGGGCAGGCAGACCUACCUGAGCACUAGGACCAAUGUCAACGAAUCCGGAACACUGCCAGCCGGCACGCACACCUUCCCCUUCAGUACAUUCCUGCCUCCCGACUGUCCCUCGUCGGUGGUGUCGGAGUACGGAAAGAUCUGGUACGAGAUCGAACUUUGCAUCGGCCUUCCCGAUCGACAAAGCAAAAUCUUCAAGAAACCGCUGACGGUCCUGCAAACGUACAACCUCAACAUGAGCCCUUUACUCCUGAUUCCCUUGGUUCACGAGGACAUCAAGCACUUUUGCUGCUGGCACUGUAGGUCGGGUCCGGUGCUCUCGACCCUCACAAUACCCUUCGGUGGCUACGCACCCGGCCAGAAGGUACGCUUCAACCUAGAAGUCGACAACCAAUCGAGUCGCCGGGAUCUGGUGGGCAUGGAAAUGCGGUUGAAACAGGUCUACAAACUUCAGGCGCAAACCCCCGCCCUCCAUUCAUAUGAGGAAGAGCACAUUGUGGCACACAGCUACCAAAAAGCAAAGGUUUUGAGGCUCUCAAAGAGGGAAAUCGAGGGCACGCUGACCAUUCCGGCGGUUCCGCCCUCCUCCCGCGAAAGUAACAUCGUAUCAGUGAGCUAUGAAGUUCAGCUGACCAUCGACUUGAACGAUUGCCAAACUGAUCCGGAUUUAUACGUGCCCAUUGUUAUCGGCACCAUUCCAUUGGUCCAGAGCGCGGAAGACCCCGCCCAUGUGGCAGAGUUAAUAGCCCGGGUUCCGGACAAUCCGAGCAUUCUGGUCACACAAAGAACUCCGACUUCAGAUCUGCCACCCAACGAUGACUACGGGCCACCAACAUUCGAGGAAGCAACUAUUGUUGGUAAAAAGUUUAUGGACAUAGAUGAAGAGGAGGAGGGCCGCAGUGAUCACUUUAUGCCGCGUUACCCGAUGUACACUAACUUUGGUAGGACCCCACCACCGCAUUCAAAGGGGUCUGGCUCCGCUGUUCUAUGAUUAGUUCGAGUUACUAGCUCAUAAUGUCACUAGACUGACAGCUACCUCAGAUGAAUUCAUUUUGGCAAACAGAUGGAUUGCUUAAUGUUGUAGAUAAAGAUGUUGCAAAGUAAGAAGUAAAGCAUUAUGCUUUUCGUUGCGUAAACCGAUAAAGUGUUCACCUAAAUACUAAUACCAAUUUUAGAAUUAGUUUUCUUCCAUUUAUUUAUUGUAUAUUUUUAUUUUAAUUAAAAUGCAUUUAUUAAAAAAUAUUUAUUUUUGUUGUCUCUUGCUAAACCCCUUUAAGUCAUUGUAAUGAAAGAAUGGAAUCUUUAAAAAGCCUUAUCUGCUUAGUAUUGCGCGUGUGAGUGGGUAA